CAAGAUGAAGGGAAGAAGCAGAGCGUCGUUGUUCUCUGCUGGUUCUGAUGGCGGAAAAUAGCUUCAUGUUAAUGACAUCGGGCUGGAAAGAAACCAAGACUUUCCGCUAACACCAAAGACCCAAAUCAGCUUGUUGUGAAAGAAAAGCACAGCGGGACAACAGGAAGGAGAUCUUUGGGCCAUUUCUUAGUGCUUUGACAGAUUUUUAAAGGAAGAAGACUGAACAAACACGAUGAGGACUGAACAAACAUGUUAAAUAAAGUGCGUGGGGAAAGAAAGGACUAAAUCUGAAAGCUACUUUUUGAAAAUUAAAGUUAAAGCUUUAAAGCUUUAAAUCUGUAAUAGUAAUUUCUGCUUUUCACCUCACAGCCUUGCUGUGCACGCCGAUCGUAAUUUGCACCUUCCUCCUACCCAUCGUUUGGAGCCCAGUGCAACAUUCUCCAUCGCCAACAGCACAAGAGAGACCCAUUUCACAUUUGGACCUGUCGUUGGUGCUGCUGCAGUGACAGCCCUCCGAGUGGCUCAGAUUGAGACUCUUGCGCAGAUUGUUCUUCAGCAGCUUGCUACUCUAGCAUCCAUAACUCUUGGCCACCAGCGUCAAAACAACAGAUUUGCAGUGGCCUUACCUCUUCAGCUGGCCCUUCCGAGUCUUCCCAAUAGACAGCAGGUGUCAGCUGUUUGGUUUAACGUGGAAACAAACAGCAAAACUUACAGAAACACACAACCAAGUCUCUACGCUACUAUGUACCACCACCACUCCCAGCAACAAGGGCCGCAGCCCUUCCCUAAUGGACCUAGGCCACCUCAUCAUCAGCCACCUCCAAAUCAACAUCAGAAUCAUUCUUCCUCUAAUAUGCUAUCGCAGGUGAUGGGUUUUCAGUUUCCUCGUCCAACCCAGCUCCCUGAUGAGCUAGAGUCUGCUCUGGCUAUCCGGGGUGCUAGGGACAUGGAUCACCGCCUCAUGGACCACAUGAAUAGACCGAACCAACACCAGAACCAAGGCUCAGGUUCUGGGAUCAGUCAACAUGGAGGCUACAGCUCUAACUCAAUUACACUUCCCUCUGAUAAUCAGCCUAGCCACCAGCAAGGAGUAGACUGGUCAAGCUACCAACCUCCAACCAAACUUUUUGCCAAUCCUCCACCUAGUGCUAGCCACCAGUCCCAGCGACACCAGGGGCCUCAACAGCAGCCACAGAGCAGCCAUGCUGGAACAAACAUCCCAAGCUGGACACCCCCUGCAAAUGACUCUCUAUCACCCCAAGCCCGGCACCCCCAUGGUGGGGGAAGUGGUGGCAGUGGAGAUGGUCAGGCUUUGUACACACCGGAGAGUGCUGGAAGCAUCUUGGCUAGCUUUGGACUUUCAAAUGAAGACUUAGAAGUUCUAAGUCACUACCCUGAUGAUCAACUUACCCCAGAUACUUUACCAUUCAUACUCCGUGACAUACAGAUAAACAAGUCAGGCAGCCAGAAAACUGUGGCUUCCUCAUCCUCCUUCUCACGGAACAUCCAUGAUAUGCCAUUGCCGCCAUCUCACUCUUCACCAUUGGCACGUUCCCGCUCUCCAGAAGUUCCCAGCCUCCUUACUGUUACACAGACAGCUGGUAAAGUCAUUGACUAUGGUCAUGCCAGUCGGGCAAAGGAUGAGAGUAGUACAAGAGAGACUUUUAAAAGAGAGCCGCUGUCCAGUGAAAGGACAGUUAAAAUGUACCAAUCCUCGUUGUCUUCUUCAUCAGCUCCAAAAUUGGAUAAGGCUGAAAGGCGUCAAGUUCGUUUGGAACACAGUGAAUCAAGUAAGCACGGAGACCAGGACUAUCGCAGAACGUGUAGCGACAUUCGCAAGAGCGAUCGCUCACCUGGGAGAGAAUUUCCUCAAUCAUCCAAAUCUCGUAAUCUAGACCGAGACUACAGGCGUGAUGGACCCAAGUCUCGGCCCUCAUCUGAAACAAAGAGUGACUCUUCCUCAAGACGUUCCCUAUCCUCUUCAUCUGGCUCAAAACCACACAACAGCAGCAAGAAGUUACCUACCCCCACCAUGAUAAGUGAUUUCUCAGCCGUGUCUCCAAAGGUGUAUCCCCAUACCUGCUCCCUGUGCCACACACAGUGUGAACAGGAAAAGGACUGGGUUGACCAUAUUAACACCGUCAACCACACUGCUGCCUGCAGAGACCUGCGCAACAAGUACCCUGACUGGAAACCAAAUCUAACAAGUCGGAGUGGAAGGUAUGGCAGCCGGGCUCUGUGGGAUCCCAAGGAUAACUCUCCAUCCCAGUCUGCGUCUCGAUCUCUCUCUGGCUCUCCUGACCCAAGUCCUCCUCGCAGUAAACGCAGGGUGGGCCCCCAUCCUCAUUGGCUGCACCCACGACCUUACUCUCCUCACCAUCAGACUCGCCACCAACACUACACAGAACAUGGCCAGCAGUUGGUGCGGAGUCACUCUGGCUCACGCAGUCCCUCACACUCGUAUCGAACCUCCUCAUCUAGAGAGCAUCGGCCUGAGAAGAGGGACAGGGAAUCAUCAGUGGGUUCCUCUCGCAGUGGUGUGAAGCGUCCACAUGAUGAUUCAACCAAGUUCUCCAGUGACACCAGCCGACAUCCAUCCUCCUCUAGGGCGGGUCAUGGCGCCAAACAUGGACCAAUGCAGUCCACCAAAACUGUCAAGAGCUGGACAAAACCUGGAACCAAGCCAACAAAGACGGCAAGUGCCAAGGCUUCUGACACAUCUGCCAAGCUUCCACCAACGAAGAAGAAGAAGAAACCAGUGAUUUCAACCUGCCAGGGCUGGUCUGUUGCGGACCGUCUGGUUUAUCUAACAGGCAUCCCAAAGGAUGCAUCCGAACAGGAAGUUACAGACUUGGUGGGGUCUUUUGGCAAGAUCAACAAUGUGAUCCUCAUGCCAUGCUCUGAGGAAGAAAGCGAGAAGGACGAAGGACAAAAGGCAUCUGUAUGCAUGGUGACUGCAGAAGACGCCCGUGCUCUGGCUAAUUCGACAGAUCUCUCCAUCAGAGACCAACAAAUAACUGCUUCAACAGCCAAGAAACCGGAAACAGAACAGUAUUCUGAUGCAAACAGCAAAGCUGCUCCAGGGCAGGACCAAGGAGCUGCUGGGGAAGACCAAGGUGCUGAGGUUGACCAGAAGACUUAUGAGAAGGGCAUGGUGUUGAUCACAGGAUUUCCUGAAAGCGGCUGGUCAGAGAGUGACGUCAUCAAGCUGAUCCAGCCAUAUGGAACUCCUUCUAACAUCAUCCAGGCAACAGAAUUGGGAAAGGUGCUUGUGUCAGUGCCAGACGUGGAGAUCGCUCAAGAGAUAGUGAAAAUUCACUCCUUCAUGCCUAUGAAGAUGAACGAGUCGGAGCUGAAGACAAUCCAUCUCAAACAACGUAUUGGUCUCAGCACUCCGGUGGCUCUCUACAAUCUUCUGAUGGGAUCAGUAGACCCAUUAGAGAGUCCUGUUCCAAAAGGCUGGAGCAGCCUGUUGGUGAUCAGUAAUGUUCCAAACACACCCUCAGGCUCUUCUGAGGUCCAGAAAUUGGUGAGGCGCUUUGGUACGGUCAUCAAGACUCUGGUGCUCAACAACACAGUCAUUUGUGAGAUGGCAACUGCAGCGAUGGCCUUGUCUGUUUACAAACGCUUCCAGACGUUUCCGUGCAUCAUCCAGAACAAUCCUCUGUUCUUCUCCCGCAAGCCUGACCCCAAAGCCACCACUCAGACCAAGCUCAUCACUGCACAUCUUGAUUCACCUGAGGAUGGACCUGCAAAUGGCAAAGGCAGCCAAGCAGCAGCAGCAGUAGCAGCUGAAGAGGAGUCAACACAUAGAAAUAAUGUCGAACCCACAUCGGAGGGAAUUAAAAAAGACUGUGACGGGAAUGAUGACAAGGUCACAAGCAGGGAGAAGGUGGUUGGUGAAGACGAAGCUUUGGGAGAAAACGGGAGCAAAGACGAUGAGAUGAAGAAAGAUUACCUCACGAUUGCUCUUUCUGAUGCCUUGGCUGCACCGGGAUCAGAAUUGGAGACUGAUAUCGGGGAAAAAUCAGCUGUAAUGGAGACAGCAGAAGAGAACAAAGAGAUAAGUGCAUCCACAGUGGGAGAUGAAAAGACGAUUGCAGGUGAAGAGACAAAGCCAUCAAGCUCUGAUGGCAAAGCAGCUUCCUGGGAGACGGCCAUGCCAGAACUCCCUCAGGUUACUCAAGAGAUGGUUAACGCACUGCUGGUGGAGUGCCGAACAAGAACUGCUAGCCAUUCCAUCAACACAGCAACUUCUACCAAUGGAGAACAGGAAGAAACACAGAUGGAGACGGAGCAGGGCGAAAAAGCAGCAGAGGAGACUAAAGAGCCAGGCAAGAAGAACAUGGAGGAGGAGGGGAAGAAGAAGGAAACGGAGGAGGAGGGGAAGAAGCAGGAAACGGAGCGGAAAGAGAGAGAGGCAAGAAAGGAGAAGGAGUUGAGGGAGAGAGAGAGAAAGGAGAAGGAGAGGAGGGCCUACGAGAAGAUGGAGAGGACCAAUCGGGAGAGGGAUGAAAGAGCCAGAAGGGAGAGGAGAGAAAGAGAGAGACGGCAGAGGAAGAGAGCAUACACAGAAGGUUUGUCAGGCUCCAGAACUUCCUGCAGGUCAGAGGGAAACAAGAAGAGCUCGCGGAAAGAUGAACAGUCUAGCAGCACGGUGGAGGAGGAGGAGCAGUUGGAUGACUUCCCGUUCAACAUGAGCGACUUUGUGACAGUAGAUGAAGUUGGAGAUGUGACUGACCUUCCUUCCCCACCACCUCCCUCUGUUCCCUUGGAAACCACAGAAGGAGGGGAGGAUGCUUCCACAUCUAUCCAACAGGACACUUCAGGGGACACACCCAUAGAAGUCAGCACAGAACCAGCACCCUCUGGCACCCCAGUGACCCUGACGGAGUCUGAUGAGCACAAAUCAGAGUCAGAAUAUGUGGCUGUGCCAACAGCUGACACUUCAGCAGAUUUAACACCCAGUCUGGUCCUCGCUGCUGCAGCAUCUACCUCACUGCCUUCCCAAGCUGAACCUUCACCUGAGGCUGAGAUCACACUUGAGACCGCUGCACUGGAGUCCAUCCCUGAGAUUGAACCCCUUCCAGUAGCUUCUCCUGCUUCAGUUGCCCCUGCUGACUCAGCAACAGUAGUGACUUCAGAGAAUGAGAAAGAAGGCGAUGAUCUCCGUCACAGCCAGGCUCAGAAGGAGGAGGUGACGGCAGAAGGAGCAGAGGAACAGGAGCAGAUGCCGUGUGAAGAGGACAAAGAGACGGCAGCUCCUGUUGUCUCAGGAAAGCCCAAUAAGUCUGAAGAUGAACCAAAUGGCAAAGAAGAGGGCCUGAAGAAAAAUGUAAAGAAAGGUAGUCCGAUGAGCACAGAGUGCUCCCUCCCUCCUUUUGACCCCAACAGCCCAGUUGGUAUGGAAUUCUUGGUCCCAAAGACAGGUUUCUUCUGUAAGGCGUGUAACCGGUUCUUCAGUGGAACCAAAGAGGCAGAGAUAAACCACUGCAAAACCCUCAAACACUACGAGAACUGGCAGAAAUGCAUGCAGACCAGAAAGCUGGCAAAUGUGACUGCCAAACCUGACUCCAUCUGAAUAUGGCUAUGAACAUCUUAUCUGAAUUCAUCAUUCCCCUCCUGUUGUAUUAUGUCUGUAUUUGUCACUAAAGGUCCAGAUUCUCACAUUGAUAUAGCUUAGUCUUAUGUCCUGUCUUAGUUGGAAUACGUGCUGUAGAUUGUUCACCAACUGAAGAGAAAAGAGUUUAAACUGUGUACAGUGGAGGACGGCUGACAGUAAGAACUGUGCACAAUCAAUAAAAAAAAUUUUACUAAA